CCUCCCGUCGCGAAGAUGCAGCUCAAACCCAUGGAGAUCAACCCCGAGAUGCUGAACAAAGUGCUGGCCCGCUUGGGGGUCGCCGGUCAGUGGCGCUUCGCCGACGUCUUGGGGCUGGAGGAGGAGGCGCUGGGCUCGGUGCCUGCGCCCGUCUGCGCGCUGCUGCUGCUGUUUCCCCUCACCGCGCAGCAUGAGAACUUCAGGAAAAAGCAGAUUGAAGAGCUGAAGGGACAAGCAGUAAGCCCCAAGGUGUACUUCAUGAAGCAGACCAUCGGCAACUCCUGUGGGACCAUCGGGCUCAUCCACGCCGUGGCCAAUAACCAAGACAAGCUGGAGUUCAAUGACGGGUCAAUCCUGAAACAGUUCCUUUCUGAGACGGAGAAGCUGUCCCCCGAAGACAGAGCCAAAUGCUUUGAGAAGAACGAGGCUAUCCAGGCAGCCCACGAUGCUGUGGCCCAGGAGGGCCAGUGUCGGGUAGAUGACAAAGUGAAUUUCCAUUUUAUUCUCUUUAACAAUGUGGAUGGCCACCUCUAUGAACUUGAUGGCCGGAUGCCUUUCCCCGUGAACCAUGGAUCCAGCUCGGCGGACUCACUACUGCGGGAUGCUGCCAAGGUGUGCCGAGAGUUCACCGAGCGGGAGCAAGGGGAAGUCCGCUUUUCCGCUGUGGCCCUCUGCAAGGCAGCCUAAUGUCCCGGAGGAGCCUCCAUUGUCCCCCUUCCCAACCAACCCCCUUCUGCGUGAAUACUUCCUUUUCUAGCGCAUUCUAAGAUGCGCACGUGCUUGUAGCACACAGACGUCCUUCUUUGGUUUUGCAGAUCUGCACUUACCCUCAGCCACCCCUCGUUCCCCGGCAGAGCUCAGCUGUGGAUGGAGCAGAGUUGGGUAGAAGCUUUUCCAUGGUUAAAGCAUCUCCCGCCCCGCCAGUGUCUGUCUUGAUCUCAAUAUCUCAUGCUUUCAGUGGCUCCUUCUGUUUGUCUGUCAAAGGCUUUGGAUAUGGUUGGUUUGUCCUUAAAAGAAAUAAAACUUUUCUGCUGAGUAGAGAUGCACUUAAGCUGGCUUCCAGUGGUUUGCUUUCUGUGCAAGUUGACAGCUCUCGCCCUGUGCUAUUAUCUGGAUUCCAACCUCUCUGAAAAGUGUUUUGGGCUGGGACAAGAAUACCGUGGGUGACCAUUUGCCUGGCACACUGCCAGCCUGACUUCGAUCCCUGGCAUCUCAUAUGGUCCACUGAGCCCUACCAGGAGUGAUCCCUGAGCUCAGCCAGGAGUACAGGGCACUGCCUUGUGUCACGCAAAAGCCAAAAAACAAACCAAAAAGUAUUUUGGCUUCUAGGAAGAGGGUGAACUUUAUUUUUGUAGUUUCUGGGUCACACCUGGUGAUGCUCAGGAUUUACUCCUAGCUCUGUGCAUAGGGAUAUGGAACCCUGUUGGGUGCCAGGGAUUGAACCUGGAUCAGCCCAGGGCAAGGCAGGUGCCCUGCCCAUUGUACUCCCACCCCAUCUUCACUAUUAACACCCAGUAAUCAUGUAAUGUAAAAGAAUAAUACAGGUGAUACCAAUUAUAUUGAUUUGACACCAGAAGGAUGUAGUUUGAUUUAUUUUUUGGUGGGGCCUCACCUGGCUAUGCUCAUAAUUUACUCCUGGCUGUGUGCUUGGGGCACUAUGAGGUAACCAGGAUCAAACCAAGGUCAGCCACAUACGAGGCAGGUACUUUCACCCCUUGACUAUCCUUAAGGUUCACAAAGGAAUGCAUUUUAAAGUGUAAAUGUUUAUCUUAGGGUACAAUGCCAACACCAUAUCUUCUCUACCACUGUCUAUAAGACAUUUUCAACCCUCGUUCUUCCUCUCUGGUAAUCUCAGACUUUGUUCUCAAAAACCAAAGGGAUGGCUCCAUUGUCUAUUCCAUAUGCUUGUUGCAAUGUUUAUCACAUGUGAAUGAGGUCAGUUUUUCUGCAGACAUUCUUGUCUGCAGUCUUUCCUGCUUACUACAGACUGAUGGUUCGGAAAUGUGCAUGUCUUAUUCACCUACAAACAUGGCCCUUAAUGGUUCCUUAUUUACUAAUUUGACAAGUUAUUGUUAAGCAUUCUUGUAUGUGUUGAACACAAAUGAAUAAAACAUUACUGGCAUGGUUAAUGAUCA